AUGGCUUAUCAGGAAUCGGAGAGCAUACAGUGGCCGGAUCCACAACGUAUACGCAACUAUAAGGCUAGAAAUAAGACGAUAAGAACUAUACAGUCCAUUUUUAGUAACACUGGAUUACUAUUUACAAUAUUUUACGUGGCAGUGAGUACAAUAGUUCAACCCUCGCUAGAAAGACAAUACAACCAAAGGAUAGAGCUCACAGCGGGGGCUUUACUGGAAGUGCGAAGAUUAACAAACAAACUUCUUCGGAGGUUAAAAUCUAAGAAUUCCUCUGAAUUAGAGUUACGCUCAAAUACUCAGGAAUAUGCUGAUAGAUGUACACAAACUGAAUCAAGGUAUAUCACUGAUGACUUCGAAAGCGAUGAUGACAUGCACAAUGACUCAGAUGAUAAUUCAAUCACUUGGAACAUAAUUAGUAAAAAAUUGGUGGAAGUUAAAGAUUCUCUAAACAGAUAUAAUGAAAGUUGCGAUAGGCCGAGUAUUAAUAUGGAAAACUUGACCUUCCAGAGCAAACUUGUUGUCGAUCAACUGUCUGUAGCAAAAGAUGCCGACAAGCUCGGUGAACUUUCCAGAACUUCAGUAAACAAUAUAAGGGAGAUGAAAGGAUGGUUUGUAAAUGGGCUUGUAUCCCUUUGA